GUAGCAGACAGCCGGUGAUGGUUCGUGGCUUGUUGAAUUACGUUUGACGUCAUCACACAAGAUAUUUAACCUAUUGUAAACAUUUGUAAAAAUCCGAUAGCGAACAGCAUUUCAAAUAUGAUCAGUCUCCGAGAAAAACAGAUAAAUGCUCUGAGGCAAAUGCUAAACCUCAAUGAUCCUGAAGUAAAACUGGAUGCUGCUGAACCAACAUGGAAAAUCCUCAUAUAUGACAGAGUUGGACAGGACAUAAUAUCACCAUUAGUUUCGAUCAAGGAACUUAGAGAGCUUGGAAUAACGCUGCAUAUGCAGCUCCACUCCGACAGAGAUCCUAUUCCUGAGGUUCCAGCUGUUUAUUUUUGCGCACCUACUGAUGAGAACUUAGGACGUAUUGGUCAAGAUUUACAGAAUGGUUUAUAUGAUAUAUAUCAUUUGAAUUUUAUAUCACCGAUAUCGCGGCAGAAAAUGGAAGAUCUUGCUGCUGCAGCUUUGCAGGCUGGAGCAGUAGCAAAUAUUCACAAGGUUUUUGAUCAAUAUCUCAAUUUUAUAACGUUAGAGGAUGAUUUGUUCGUUCUGAGACAUCAGAACAGCGAUGCCAUCUCAUAUCAUGCUAUCAAUCGUGGAGAAAUAAAGGACACAGAAAUGGAGGGAAUCAUGGAUGCAAUAGUUGACAGCCUCUUUUCAGUGUUUGUGACCUUAGGAACAGUUCCUAUUAUACGUUGCCCAAAAGGUAAUGCUGCAGAAAUGGUUGCAAAGAAGUUGGACAAGAAACUGAGAGAAAAUGUUUGGGAUGCAAGAAAUAACUUGUUUCAGGGUGAGGUUUCUGGAACAGGAAAUUUCAGUUUCCAACGGCCAUUGCUCAUUGUGCUGGAUCGCAGUGUAGAUAUGGCAACACCACUUCACCAUACUUGGACAUAUCAAGCAUUGGCACACGACGUAUUAGAACUAGCUUUGAACCGUUUAGUAGUCGAAGAAAGUGCCGGAAGAUCGCCAGCUGGUGGAGCACGGUCGAAAACGCGUGCCUGUGAACUAGAUAACCGAGAUCGUUUUUGGUCAAUUCAUAAAGGAAGCCCAUUCCCUAUGGUAGCUGAAGCAAUUCAAGAGGAAUUAGAACAAUAUCGAACUUCCGAAGAAGAAGUCAAGAAACUGAAAUCGUCAAUGGGGAUUGAUAAUGAAACUGACGUUGCAUAUUCUAUGGUAUCAAACAAUACAGCACGUCUGACAAGUGCUGUUAACUCCCUACCACAGCUUCUUGAAAAAAAGCGUCUGAUCGACAUGCAUACAACUAUAGCAACAGGUAUUUUGAAUUCUAUUAAAUCUCGACGGCUCGAUACGUUCUUUGAAAUAGAAGAGAAAAUCAUGAGUAAACAAACAUUGGACAGGAGUAUUUUAGACAUUAUUAAUGAUCCUGAUUGUGGAACACCUGAAGACAAACUACGGCUGUUCGUUAUAUACUACCUUUGUUCCAAUAUGUCAGAGACUGAUUACAACAAACACGAGGCAGCCUUAGCCAGUGCAGGAUGUGACUUAAACCCUCUGGCAUACAUAAAGAGGUGGCGAGGGUACACUAGAAUAGCUGGAAUCCAAAAUCAAUAUGAAGGUGGGGGUACUAAGACCGUUAGUAUGUUCUCAAAAUUGAUGAAUCAAGGAUCUUCUUUAGUAAUGGAAGGUGUGAAGAAUCUUGUUGUUAAAAGACAUAACCUCCCUGUUACAAAAAUAGUUGACGAAUUAAUUGAGAUGAGGCAAUCACCACAGACUGACGAUUACCAUUACUUAGAUCCCAAACAAUUGAAACAAAUCGACCAAGUUCCAAGAACUAGGACUACAUUCCAAGAAGUGAUUGUAUUUGUCGUUGGUGGUGGCAAUUACAUCGAAUAUCAAAAUCUUGUUGAUUAUGUCAAGCAAAAAAGUGGAGGUGGCACAAAUAAACGAAUUGUUUAUGGAUCAUCAACCCUUGUCAAUGCUAGACAAUUCCUGAAACAGCUAUCUCUCCUGGGUCAAGAAACACAUUGAUAAAGAGUAACUUUUGUGUUUUUCUAUAAACACAGG